AUGGGCACGUGGGUGAUGGGCAAGAUGGAGUCAGCAGGAGAAUUCAUCCACCUGAACCACAGAUACCAGGGCAACUUCCUCAACAACAAUGUAAGUCAGCCCAGAAGCAAUCGGACAUUAUUAAGGCAAAAAAAACACCGCCUUGAUGAAAACAAUAGCCACAAACACAACAUGAUGUUGACAAGUGCUGUGUUUAUUGUGUGUUUAGUUACAAGUUUAUCAGCAUACGUCAAUAUCAUUGUGUACUAGCAUAUAUAAACUGUCACUAUAAUCCAUCUUUGUUUCAGCCCUCAGGCCCAGGGAAGUAUGUGUUUGAAGUUGGCUGUGAGCAGCAUGGAGAAUACCUACAGCUGGAUCAGGUAGGACCACUACCACAUAUUUGCAGAUGUGGAAAUUGCAAUGAUAUGAUAAAACAACCUGUACAAGCGCAGAAUGGCUCUUUAGCAAAUGUUUGUUGUUUUGAAGUAUCUGGAUGAGAUCAUGACAAAAGCCACUUAACAGAGAGCUGCUUCUCUCCCUUGACUAAAACUCCAGCCUGCAUCAGAUGAGGAGAAUGGUAAACAUGGGAAAGCCCAGAAGUCCAGGUCUCCUUACCCUGGCCACGGGGAGGGCUUUUUCUCCAUAGGGGCUUCAGGAGAGGAGGUGCCACAGCAACUACAGAGUGCUGCGCCUUACUUGUAGCAUAGUAGUUCACUUCCUGUGUCCAUUUGUUGCAUGACACCCCUUAGUGGUCGAUUGAUACAAAGAUAACCUUUUUUUCAACAGUUCUCAAAAUGCUAUUGGGCUUAGCCUCUUAAAGUGAAUCAGAUACAGUUGAAGUCGGAAGUUUACAUACACCUUAGCCAAAUACAUUUAAACUCAGUUUUUCACAUUUCCUGACAUUUAAUCCUAGUAAAAAUUCCCUGUUUUAGGUCAGUUAGGAUCACCACUUUAUUUAUAAGAAUGUGAAAUGUCAGAAUAAUAGUAGAGAGAAUUAUUUAUUUCAACUUUUAUUUCUUUCAUCACAUUCCCAGUGGGUCAGAAGUUUACAUACACUCAAUUAGUAUUUGGUAGCAUUGCCUUUAAAAUUGUUUAACUUGGGUCAAACGUUUUGGGUAGCCUUCCACAAGCUUCCCACAAUAAGUUGGGUGAAUUUUGGCCCAUUCCUCCUGACAGAGCUGGUGUAACUGAGUCAGGUUUGUAGGCCUCCUUGCUCGCACAUGCUUUUUCAGUUCUGCCCACACAUUUUCUAUAGGAUUGAGGUCAGGGCUUUGUGAUGGCCACUCCAAUACCUUGACUUUGUUGUCCUUAAGCCAUUUUGCCACAACUUUGGAAAUAUGCUUGGGGUCAUUGUCCAUUUGGAAGACCCAUUUGCGACCAAGCUUUAACUUCCUGACUGAUGUCUUGAGAUGUUGCUUCAAUAUAUCCACAUAAUUUUCCUUGCUCAUGAUGCCAUCUAUUUUGUUUCUAUAUUUUUUAUGGCGGUUUUGGAGCAGUGGCUUCUUCCUUGCUGAGCGGCCUUUCAGGUUAUGUCGAUAUAGGACUCGUUUUACUGUGGAUAUAGAUACUUUUGUACCUGUUUCCUCCAGCAUCUUCAUUUUUAAAAACAUUUUAGUCAUUUAGCAGACGCUCUUUUCCAGAGCGACUUACAGUUUGUGAGUGCAUACAUUUUCAUACUGAAUCGCACAAGGUCCUGAAUCUUCACAAGGUCCUUCGCUGUUGUUCUGGGAUUGAUUUGCACUUUUCGCACCAAAGUACGUUCAUCUCUAGGAGACAGAACGUGUCUCCUUCCUGAGCGGUAUGACGGCUGCGUGGUCCCAUGGUGUUUAUACUUGCAUACUAUUGUUUGUACAGAUGAACGUGGUACUUUCAGGCGUUUGGAAAUUGCUCCCAAGGAUGAACCAGACUUGUGGAGGUCUACAAUUCUUUUUCUGAGGUCUUGGCUGAUUUCUUUUGAUUUUCCCAUGAUGUCAAGCAAAGAGGCACUGAGUUUGAAGGUAGGCCUUGAAAUACAUCCACAGGUACACCUCCAAUUGACUCAAAUGAUGUCAAUUAGCCUAUCAGAAGCUUCUAAAGCCAUGACAUCAUUUCCUGGAAUUUUCCAAGCUGUUUAAAGGCACAGUCAACUUAGUGUAUGUAAACUUCUGACCCACUGGAAUUGUGAUACAGUGAAUUAUAAGUGAAAUAAUGCUGUAAAACAAUUGUUGGAAACAUUACUUGUGUCAUGCACAAAGUAGAUGUCCUAACCGACUUGCCAAAACUAUAGUUUGUUAACAAGAAAUUUGUGGAGUGGUUGAAAAACGAGUUUUAAUGACUCCAACCUAAGUGUAUGUAAACUUCCGACUUCAACUGUACAUACACCUAGAUACUUGCGUGAUUAUGAUCCUUUAUGACAUUGUAUAGUAGUCAUGGAUCCACUAUUCAUCUUCUAGUCUCUUAUGUGUUGUGGCUGAGUUGUGCACUGGAGUUUUAGAUGUUUUGGGGCUUGCUGUGCUUUAGAAGAAGCUAUCGCUGAACAAUUUAAGGGGGGGCUGAACCAUAUAAUAGGAAGCGCUACACAGAUCUAACACAAUGACAGCAAAAACUUAAAGCACGGCAUUGCACUUAAAACAUCCCAACUGUAUCCAUAGAAGAGAAAAUGAAAAUAUAUGCGUAAGGUGCUUUAGGCAGAAAUACCCAAAGGGAGCCUUUCUUGAGCUGUGUUACUGCUUCUCAAUGGACGACAGGACAGAGGGGAUGCCGAGGAGGAUGAGGUAGUAACCACCAUGGUCCUGAAGUGGAAGCCCACGGCUGUCACUGGCCUGUCCCUAUGGACCCCAGCCAAAGAUCCAUCCUCGGGUGAGCAGGACCCUUACGUAGCCUGUAGUAGUGUUUAUCACGCGUGACUGUGGAGAGAGUACCUUGUCUGAGGAAUGAGUCAUUAUUGUUUUUUAUUGAUCAAUUAAAAUAGUUUUUCUAUCAACAGAGAAAGAAGGACUGGCCUCCGCAGAUGAGAAAGGGGGAGCCAAACCUCCCACUCCAGAGACCUGA